AUCUUUUGCAUACUAUUGUAUGGACGAGUUCAUAGAAGUUUAUUUUUAUUUCGUAUAUUAGGUUAAAUUGAUUUUAUUGAGGAUUAAAAUUUACAGAAACUACAUAUUAAUCUACAUUACCAAGUAACUAACAUGAAUUUUAAACCUGUCACACACGUUCUUUUUGAUAUGGAUGGUCUAUUACUAAAUACUGAAGAUUUGUACACUGAGCUGUUUCAAAGUAUAGUGUCAAAGUAUGGAAAGGAUUAUACAUUUGAUGUAAAGUUAAAACUAAUGGGAACACAAGCUCUUGAAAGUGCUUCAAUUGUUAUCAGAGAACUUGACCUUCCAAUGACCGCAGAAGAGUUUCUAGAAGAAUGUAAAAAAGGAGAAAGUAUUUUUGCUGAUUGCCAGUUAAUGCCAGGUGCUAAACGACUUGUUGAACAUUUGUACCAACACAAAAUACCCAUAGCUUUAGCUACAAGUUCUGGAGAAGAUAGCUACCAUUGCAAAGUAGAUAAACAUUAUACAGAAUUUUUCUCAUUGUUUCCAUAUAAAACAUUUGGAUCCUCAGACCCUUCAGUAAAGAAUGGAAAGCCUCAUCCAGACAUAUUUUUAGUAACAGCAAUGAAAUUCCCUGAUAAACCUGUACCUGAAAAAUGUUUAGUAUUUGAAGAUGCAGUAAAUGGUGUAAAAGCCGCCGUCGCAGCUGGAAUGCAAGUUGUCAUGGUUCCCGAUCCUCGCAUAGACAAAAGUUUGACCACAGAGGCUACGCUUGUGCUUAGUUCGUUAGAGGAAUUUAAACCAGAACUUUUUGGCCUACCGCCAUUUCAGGACUAGUUUUAAGUUUAUCCGUACUAUAUUACCAAUUUUUUAAUGUAUUAAUUACUAUUGCAGUCUUGAAUAAGUGGGCAGGACUAUAAAUACUAAAGUGUUUUUCACAGAAACGAUUAAACAAAUAUAAUAGCUUGGUUUACCAAAUGAUGUACUUAAAUAUGAUUUAAGUAUAUAUAGUUAUUAUUAUUACCAGUCAGCUAUAUAUAAUAUAGUGUUAAUAGAAUAAUGUUAUUCCAGUAAUUAAGAUAUUACAAACAUAGUUAAUGUAAUUGUUAUUUUUAAUGUCACGGUACAAACAAUAUACAUAAAUGUAUUUAUUUUUGUGUUUUAAUAAGGAAUCAUAAGAAGCUUUAACAUAUUAAAAUAUUUUGUACUGCCAACAUGAACAUAUUCAAAUAAAAGGUUUUCAGCUAGACUUUGAAACAUACAUAACUACACCAAGGAGCUAAUCUGCGCUGAAUGUGGCUAUGGGAACUGUAUGGCUAAUAAGUAAUGACCUCAUGGUUUGGCGAAGAGAUUACUCUUAUUUCGAUUAGAUUCGAUAGCACAAUAACAUAGUAGAAAGUAGGUAAUCAAUAUUUCUAACAAAAACUCCUAUUCGUAAAUCAUAAGUAUAUUUAGUGUCUAAUAGAUCCAUAUUGAUAAAACAAUAUAAUUUAAACUAGAACGAAUUCAAAUUAUAUUAAAUAAAUAAGAUAUAUAAAG